AUGGGUAAGGAAGAGAAGAACCACAUCAACGUCGUCGUUAUCGGCCACGUCGAUUCCGGCAAGUCGACCACCACUGGUCACUUGAUCUACCAGUGCGGUGGUAUCGACAAGCGUACCAUCGAGAAGUUCGAGAAGGAGGCUGCCGAACUCGGCAAGGGUUCCUUCAAGUACGCGUGGGUUCUUGACAAGCUCAAGGCCGAGCGUGAGCGUGGUAUCACCAUCGACAUUGCCCUCUGGAAGUUCGAGACUCCCAAGUACUAUGUCACCGUCAUUGACGCUCCCGGUCACCGUGAUUUCAUCAAGAACAUGAUUACCGGUACCUCCCAGGCCGACUGCGCUAUUCUCAUUAUCGCUGCCGGUGUUGGUGAGUUCGAGGCUGGUAUCUCCAAGGAUGGCCAGACCCGUGAGCACGCUCUGCUCGCCUACACCCUCGGUGUUAAGCAGCUCAUCGUCGCCAUCAACAAGAUGGACACCACCAAGUGGUCCGAGGCCCGUUACGAGGAGAUCAUCAAGGAGACCUCCGGUUUCAUCAAGAAGGUCGGCUACAACCCCAAGACCGUUGCCUUCGUCCCCAUCUCCGGCUUCCACGGCGACAACAUGCUUGCCCCCACCACCAACGCUCCCUGGUACAAGGGCUGGGAGAAGGAGACCAAGGCUGGCAAGUCCACCGGCAAGACCCUUCUUGAGGCCAUUGACGCCAUCGACACCCCCAAGCGUCCCACCGACAAGCCCCUCCGUCUUCCCCUCCAGGAUGUCUACAAGAUCGGUGGUAUUGGAACAGUGCCCGUCGGCCGUAUCGAGACUGGUGUCCUCAAGCCCGGCAUGGUCGUCACCUUCGCCCCUGCCAACGUCACCACUGAAGUCAAGUCCGUCGAGAUGCACCACGAGCAGCUUACUGAGGGUCUCCCCGGUGACAACGUUGGUUUCAACGUGAAGAACGUCUCCGUCAAGGAUAUCCGCCGUGGCAACGUCGCCGGUGACUCCAAGAACGACCCCCCUCUGGGUGCCGCUUCCUUCAACGCCCAGGUCAUCGUCCUUAACCACCCCGGUCAGGUCGGUGCUGGAUACGCCCCGGUUCUCGACUGCCACACUGCCCACAUUGCCUGCAAGUUCUCCGAGAUCCUCGAGAAGAUUGACAGACGUACCGGCAAGUCUGUUGAGAACAACCCCAAGUUCAUCAAGUCUGGUGACGCCGCCAUCGUCAAGAUGGUUCCCUCCAAGCCCAUGUGCGUUGAGGCCUUCACCGACUACCCCCCUCUGGGACGUUUCGCCGUCCGUGACAUGCGCCAGACCGUCGCCGUCGGUGUCAUCAAGUCCGUCGAGAAGUCCGCUGGCAACGCUGGCAAGGUCACCAAGUCCGCUGCCAAGGCUGGCAAGAAAUAA